AUGGCGUCGGCGAUCAGCGACAAGUUUCGUGCCUUCCUGAGCAGCAGUGCGGCACCCAAGCUGGCGACACAGCGCCUGGGCCUGCUGCUGGCCGCCGUGGCGUCGCUGUCCGGGCCGCGGGCGGCGCAGGACUUUGCUGGGCAGUGCGUGGGCAUGGUCGGGGCGGCCGGCAGCGGCGACCCCGCGCAGCUGCAAGUGGCGGAGUGCGGGCUGUCAAUGAUGUCAGCGCUGGCGGAAGAGGUGGCAAACAUGGACGGCCAGCGGCGCAAGGACCUGAUCGCAGCCACCGAGCCGCAGUGGCCGCAGGUCGUGGCUGCGGCGCAGCUGCUUGCGGCGCGGGGCGCGGCGGCGGGCGGUUACGGCCUGCUCCAAGGGGCCCUUCAGUGCCUCUCCGCGUGGCUGCGGCUCAGCGCGGACGGCAUAAGCCCCUGCAGGGCCUCGCCCGGCCAGCUCUUCGCAGCCCACCCCGAUCUGCUGGCCGCGCUCGCGCCGCUGCUCGCCCCCAGCGAGUCGCAGCUCGCCGCCGGCGCCGGCGGCGCGCAGCAGCUCGCGACAGAGGUGCUGACAGAGCUCCUCGGCCCGGGCGCCUUUGGCGACGACGCGCAGCAGGAGGCAGCAGCUGUGUGCCAGGCGUGCGUCGAGUACUUCCUGAUGGUCAACACGGUCCCCGUGGCGCAGCGCCACCCCCAGAUGGGCGCACCGCUGUACGGCUCGCUGGCGCAGCCGCUGCUCGUGCACUGCUGCUACCCGGCCGGCUUUGAGGGCUGGGAGGAGUGCGUGGAGGAGGACGAGGAGGCGUUCGUGCGGUGA